AUGUCUGGCCUGCUGAAGAAACGGUGCCGCGAGGAUGAGGCUCCGCUUGAUUCUCCGAAACGUUUUCGCGCUGAGACGGAGAAAUUGAUCUUUAAGUUACUGGAAGACGAUGAAAAAUGCACUGCCAGUGAGGAAGCUGUUAGCGGGAUUAUGAGAAGUCUGGAGGAGGAAAUCGGCAUAACUUCUUGCUCCACUUCUUAUGAUAGCUCGGCUGGAUUAAAGAGAGAUGAAUCUGUGUCUUCUGAUAUGACCAGCUGCUGUGGAGACACUGGCGAAAUUAAUCUGGAUUUCCUGUUAGAGGCUUCCGAUGAUGAGCUUGGCAUUCCUCUACAGAAUUCAGAGGAGGAUUGUAAUUUAUCCUCUACUUCUUCAAAAGAGGAGAUUUUAAAUCCUUGUUUCGACUUUGCCGAAAACCAGGAAUUUAAAGGCUUUGUCGAUAACUGGCUUUUUGAGGACGAUUUUGUAGAUUACAGGCAGUUUACAGUGUUCGAUGACGCUGCUGCCUUCGAUCUUCAAAGAUAA